AUGUCACUGUAUGCUUCAAUACUGCAGAAAUUGAAAGAGGUUGUUGAGGCACGGGCACUGCGUAGAUGGGGUAGUCUUGCUGGCAAUCCUGUGCUGGUACCCCGCGCACUUGAGAUUGAAAAAGGCAAACUGUGCUAUGUUAUAGGCACCGUUUACAUGGAUAUGCCACUAAAACCGAACGUUAUGAUUGACAUUGCUAGAGAUCAAUCCAUUCCCCCACCUCCUCUACCAGAAAAAUUCUUUUCUCCGAAUGAUAACGUCAUGCUUGAAGACGAAUCAGGCAGAAUAAAACUCGUCGGAGACUGCGUUAAAAACGCUAUGCUCGUAACCGGUGUUAUUAUCGGUGCUUUGGGAAUGGAAACACCUGGUGGGGUGUUCGAAGUGAUUGAUAUCUGCUAUGCAGAAAUGGCACCGCAAACGCAACAGGACGACGAAGAGACUAGGAUGGAUAUUGAUGAUUCCACAGACACGUCUCUGUCUGAUGAAUGGAUUGGCGUUGUUUCCGGUCUUGAGAUUGGGUCUCCGUCCCCCGCUGACGCCCAAAUACAGAUGCUUGUCGAAUACUUAACCGGGGAAGGCGGUUGCUUGGAUGACCAAGUAUCAGCUUCACAAAUAUCACGACUUAUAAUAGCUGGAGACUCUCUGCAAUCUCUAGGGCCUAUUCCCGGAGAAAGAGAAACCAUCUUGUCGGCAGCUGAAAGAAAAGCUCAACGACAUGGGUAUGAUUCGGCGUCUUUCUCACCGCGGCCUAUCAUUGAAUUGUCUUCUACACUACACGAUCUUGCAACUUCCAUCCCGAUAAACAUUCUUCCGGGCGAAUCAGAUCCAUCUGGAACCCUCAUGCCGCAACAACCCUUUCCUCGAGCCUUGUUUGGUGACGCAUCACGAUACCCCACCAUGACCUGUGAAACGAAUCCUACAUACCUAACCAUCGCGUCUUGUUCAGAGUCCGGCCCGACAAAUUCCAAAUCACCUCGGCCUCCCGUUAAGCGCAAAGUCUUAAUCAAUUCCGGGCAGCCUCUUAAUGAUAUGUUCAAGUAUCUAUCUUCUCCUCCGAAUACACGCUUGUCUGUUCUUGCGUCCACACUCAGGUGGCGGCAUAUGGCGCCAACUGCGCCUGACACCUUGUGGUGUCAUCCUUACUUUAACGAAGACCCAUUCUUGAUCACAGAAACCCCAGAUAUAUACAUCGUGGGUGGGCAAAAAAGGUUUGGGACAAAGCUCGUUACAGAUCAACAAACGGGUAGCAAGGGAAAAUCUCCUGCUAGAUGUCGAGUGAUUUUGAUUCCCAGUUUUGCGCAAACGGGUAUCCUGGUUCUAGUGAACCUCCGAACGUUGGCCGUCAAGUGCGUCAAUUUUUCGAUGUAUGGUAUGAGUGCCGGUGGAAAACCGGAAAUAAAGGAAGAACCUUCGGACGCACCAAGUCCCAUCACGGCGGAACCUCAACCUUCGGCGCCAACUUCAUCUAUGGAUUACGAGUUCGACUGA